CACAAACCUGUUCCGUUUAGUGAACUCACGACAACGCAGUUCGAUGAGCAGACGACCAUACGAAAUUGUGACGUCACGGGCGCGCGCUAUUGUUGGUGGAUUAUUUUCCUUCCAAUUUCGCUGAGCAAAAAAGUGAUGCACAAUCAUUUGAAGCGGAGACUCCCACUGCAGACCGGUAGAAGAAAACAUUGCCCUUUAUACGUGCAUCUAUUAAAUAAAACACAGUAUAUUUAUGCUAGAAUCGUGAUGUAUAUAACUGCUUGUAAUCAAUUUAUCAUUGGAUAAUCUGGAGAAAAAAAAAGUUCUCAGAAAUAUCUGCCGCACUUGAUACAGUUUCCUCAGAUCGUGGUUUGAUGACUAAACAAAUUUGCAUAGAUCGAUGUCGUGGGUAAUUUAACAACUUGGAAACGAGAUAAGUGCCUAGUUCACCUGAACUCUGGAACCAUUACCAUGUCCGAUCCUCGAGAGCAUGUUUACUAACUCCUGACCUAAGGAUAUUUUCUCCGGACUUGAAGCCCUUGUUUUUAUCUGACUGAAAUUCUAUUUCUUUGCUUUUCUGUUUAUUGCAUUGACGUAACAUGUACUGCAUCUAAAUCCAGGAGUAUUGUAUUUCUAAGCAAAGGAGAGGUCACAAACGCUUCGCAACACUUCACACUUUUAUGACCAGCCAUACUAAUACCAAUUGACAACCAGUUAGGACAUCGUCGCGUCUUCGAUAAGCCUCUUAAGCAUUGUCAUUCUUUGGUUGGUUUCUGGUCGACCCCUAAAGGCUUCUCUCGUUUGGAAUCGUUGCCUGGCAGUUUGGGGAAUGGGUUGAUGAUCUAAAUGGAGGAAAACAACGGAUCACUUUCACCAAGCGUUUGUCCGUCAUCAAGUUGAUUGGAAAUUUUAGAGUUUGGAGUUUUAAUAGAAGUCUUAAUCUGCAGAUCUCAUCGGCAGCGUGCACCCUGCCGACAUGGGGGUGACGGUGAGUAAAAAUGAAGAAACGCGGACAAGUAAACCACUUCAGGAUUUUAAGAAAGUGUCAACAAGGGUGGGAAAGAUCGGGGUCCUAGCCCGACAAGCCCGGCUCAAGUCGGAAACGAAAAAUGAAGAAUCCAUCCACAAGGAUUCCUCGGUGUCGAAUGGACACCAAGUGGAUGCCUAUCUCAAACCCAGGGAAGAACUGACCCCGUAUCGAAGACCGUCCGUCGCGCAGUUCUACGACGGGGACGACACGGGACAUACGCUUGUAUAUAAGGACACCAGCGAUGCUUGGGCGGCGCUCAGGGCGGGGACGGUCGUGGACAAUAUUGAGGAGAUACCGGAGACUGAAAUAAGCGUGGUUGAAAGUACGCUCGGAGGAUACAAAACUGUGGAGAAAACCAGAGGAGCUAUGGGAAGUCACCAUUUUACGAGCGAUGGGGAGUUCGACAGCGGGACCGAUUCGACGUAUCUAGGGAGUGUAAGGGAACAAUCGUUAUCAUCGACCAGGGACGAUGAUUUCACCAUCCCUUUCUCAGACGGUGUCGAACCGAAAGGAUGGAAAGAAAAGAUUGAAUCUCAGGAAAAAUGUACCCUUUGUGAAACCAACUCUGGACACGAGGUAUUCCCCUGCCGUAUCUGUACUCUCGUCUUCCACGAACAUUGUAUGAGGAGAAAAGGACAACUCCACGACAGCGAGGCCGUCAAAGCGCUACGUCAGGCAAAUACCAACAUCGGCUGGUCAUGUAACGAAUGCGAGAAUCUAGGUCAGCUUCUUAGCGAUGAUGAGAUGUUUGAGCUAAUGGAAAUCUUCGAAAGAUGUGAUGUCGAUUCAGAUGCAACGAUUUCGCUCGAGGAAUUCAUCGAGUACCGGCGACUUGUGAUCAAAGACCACGAGAACCGUGAUCUCACCAAGGACGAGGUCGAGGAUGAAACACGGAACUUCAAGUCCAUGGACACCGAUAGAACAGGCACGCUAUCCUGGUGGGAGUUCCUCAAUCAUGAAGCUAUCAGAAGACUAGCAACCAGGUCAAAGAAGAAGUUGGUGCAACUACUGAAGCCGAAGGAGAUUCAAACAUUGCGAACAAACUUCCUAGUAUUCGAUACAGACGGCGAUGGGUGUGUGACGGAGUACGAAGCCAGACGAGCAUUUAAAAAUUGGUUCUCUAAAUUCAUCGAGGAUCCUUACGAAAUGUCUCCAGAUGCACAACGUCGUCUGGGAAGUCAGACCUCACUACGUAUGUCAUCAGAGCUAGCGUCGCAUGUAAACACAAAUACGGGUAUGCUGAUGGGGGCUGACAGUGACCGUUCAGGCUCUGUAUCGUGGGAGGAGUAUGUUAUGGAACAAGCGCUCUACACACUGGCUGUGCGACCCAAUAUCGGACCGGUCAAAAUAUCCAGGCGGCCUACGUUCUGCUCAUUUUGAAGAUCCGUUUAUGAUAUCUUUGAACUGUUCAAAAUUGAAUUUCAACACUGUUGAAAGACGAUGUCAUCAGCUCUGGAUGUACAUGUAAUUUGUUGUACUGCCAUUAUUCCAAUUAAACGGAUAGAGAUGUACGCAAGUUUUUUGGUAAAGUGUUCUUUGGUCUACGCGUGCUUUGCGUAGGCCUAUACGCUCCGUCUGGUAUAAUUCCACAUGCCUGCAUGGUCUAAUUGUACCCCGUCUACUAAACUUUCGAUCUAAUUGCCAUUUAGACCAUGUCCCCAUUGGCGGCGGAAGCCAAAACUUUAGGGGGACCUCUACAAUUUUUGACAAGCAAAAAAAAAAAGGUUAUCAACAAAAAAUUUAGGGGGGAGGAUCAUCCCCCACCUAAAAUUUAGGAGGGGACACCCCCGCUUCUGCCGCCUAUAUGCAUGUAACAUUUGUAUAAUUGCAUGGCUAUAUCAUUUUUUCGACCACACACUUGGUCUAGCACCACUCGUUCUAUUUGGUGAGUUGAACUGUUUAUGAAACAAUUUUUCAUCUUACAAAUUCAAAAAGAAAAGAAGUGAAGUGCAAAUAAAAUCAAGUGGGCAUUGAGACUAGACCAAGUCUUUUCCGAAAGAGAAACUCAACUUUCAUCGUCCACUUUCUCGCCUAUCCGUUUCACUUCUACCUCUAUUCGCUUUCUCUUCGUCCUUUCCGCGAUGGUGUUUCCGCGAUUGGUAGACCAAUUUUUUUCGGCAGACCAAACGGCAUUAGACUAAAUUGAUAGCAGACUUAAAUGGAUUUAUUAGCCCAUGUGGUUUAGACCAACUUGAUUAAAGACCAAGAGAACACUGAAGAUUCCACAUGAAUGUAUUAUUAGCAUGGUGGUUGGAAAACUGUUUUUAUUCGAAAUUGCCUUUAAGAUAAACGCAGUUAUAGGCUAUGCAAAGAGAUGUUCAAUAUGAAAAUAUAAAAAGAAACUAUAUGGUUUCCAGGAUAAUGAAGGGCAUUAUCAUAAAGAUUACAUUGAAGUAAUGUACAUUUCUUUUUAAUUCUUCUUUUUGUUUGCGUUGACUCUUGUUAUGUAUAAAAUAUUGGCAUGAUUUGAUUUGACAUGUAAAAUUAUUGAAAAGUCAAGUAAAUUGUAAAACUAUACUCGUUAUCUAAAUCAUUGGAACAGAAUUCAUUGUUUUUUUUAUUUUUUAUAUAUUUACAUUUUUUAUUUUCCAUCCACAUCAACGGACUUGCAUUGUUUGUUGGUGUUCACGACAAAACACGACAAACAUGUGUGUUUACUAGUAAGAUAUAGUAAAAAAAAAAAACUGUAAUUCCAUGCAUGUGAGCCAUUCUUUGUGGAACCUAAACGAAUAACAGAAAUGAAAUAAAGUCAUGAUAACACAAAAUUAUAUCAAAUAUACUGGCCGAAGAUUAAUUUGGUAAAUGUUCGAUAAUGUGAGUUACUGUGAAUUAUGAUUCCACUCUCAUAGUAAUGACUGGCCGUAUAAAGCUUUUCAUGUAAACACACAAACACACACCCUCAUACACCCACAAAAACAAUUAUGAUCCAAAAUAUCAUAUUUUAUAUUAUACAUCGUUAACACAAUUUGUGUUUUAAUGUGAUAAACACUUUCAUUUUAUCUGACAAUAAAUUUUGAAAAUCGAUCUAGAUUUACUCAUUUCAAAGGCGUAACAGGAACAGAAAAUAUAUUUUUUUUGGGUCGAUUGUUUCCUUACUGCAUUCAUAAGCCAUACUUUUGCUGUAUGUUUUAUUUUUUCUUUUGUUUGUAUUUCUUUCUGCAAAGUGUUCAGUAUUAAUCAUUAUAUGGAAUGUGCGCGUUUUUUUGUUUGUAGUUAAAUGAAUAGUGCAUGCAGUGAUAAUUGUAUGCACCUUAAAAUAAGACUAUGCAACUUACUCGUCAAUAUCGCAUCUGAUGUGUGCCUUAUAAGAAAGACCAAUUUAGCUUUAUAUUUCUCAUGAAUUCUCCAAUUGAUAAAUUUUAGCUUAUUUUGCAGAAAGCCCAUUUGUUCCCCCACUUUGAAUAACCUCGAGGCUCGAGCUUAAACUAAUAAACCAAAAUCAAAUAUAAACUGUGCUACGAAAGAUGCUCUCCUGACUUUAGUUCGAGUUCACAGUUUGCCUUAUGCAGUUACACUAUCAAAUUAAGUUUUGUUAUAUGAAAUAUAUAGGUGCACGAUAGUCAGUUAAGUAUCAUAUACAGUAGAAAUGUUCCACAAUUCAGCUACUAUAAUAUUUUUAUCAUGGAAAGGAAAAUGCGCUUGUAGAUUUGUUCUUCAUUCUGUUCGUUACUAAUUUGUUAGAGAUCACUUGUCUGUUUCAUCUCAAUCAACGAACGUAAAGGCCGAUAAAGG